GAAGAGGCAGGGAAGCCAGGCAGGCAGGCAGGGAGGGAGGCCCCACACCCAGAGCCCUGAAGCGCUUUGAGGGGGCUCUGGGCUCAAGGCAGGGGCAGCCUGGCCUCCCAGGCACCCUCCACAUUGCAGGCCUCUGCCCCCUCCCCUCCUGUGACCCUCUCAGGAGGAGACCAUGGACUCGAAAGAGCUUCACCUCCUCCGCUGCCUCCCAGUGGGGCUGCUGCUGGCGGUGCUGGUGCUUUGCCCCAGUGGUGCCUUGGGGGUCCCCACUUUCAGGAAGGAGAGAGGCAUCCACCUGGACCCCGAACUCAGCAACCAGCAGCAUGAAGAUAACCAGAGCUUCCAGUAUGAUCAUGAGGCCUUCCUGGGCAAAGAAGAAGCCACCACUUUUGAUCAGCUCACCCCCGAGGAAAGCAAAGAAAGGCUGGGGAAAAUUGUUGAUCGAAUUGAUGAUAACAAAGAUGGCUUUGUUACAACAGAGGAAUUGAAAAACUGGAUUAAACGAGUGCAAAAACGCUACAUCUUUGAAAAUGUAGCAAAGGUCUGGAAGGAUUAUGACCUCAACAAAGACAAUAAAAUUUCCUGGGAAGAAUACAAACAAGCCACAUAUGGCUAUUACCUAGAAAAUCAAGCAGAGUUCCAAGAUGCAACAGAGCAGCACAGUUUUAAGAAAAUGCUACCUAGAGAUGAAAGAAGAUUCAAAAGAGCUGACCUGGAUGGAGACCUGGAAACCACUCGGGAGGAGUUCACAGCGUUCCUUCACCCGGAGGAGUUUGAGCAUAUGAAAGACAUUGUUGUUCUAGAAACUCUAGAAGAUAUAGACAAAAAUGAAGAUGGAUUUGUAGAUCAAGAUGAAUAUAUUGCUGAUAUGUUUGCCCAUGAAGAUGGUGGUCCAGAGCCUGACUGGGUAAUAACAGAACGAGAGCAGUUUGCAGAUUUUCGAGAUCUGAACAAGGAUGGGAAGAUGGAUAAAGAGGAAAUUCGGCACUGGAUUCUCCCACAGGACUAUGAUCAUGCACAGGCUGAAGCAAGGCACUUAGUCUAUGAAUCAGAUGUGGACAAGGAUCAGAGGUUAACCAAAGAAGAGAUUCUAGACAACUGGAAUAUGUUUGUUGGAAGCCAAGCUACAAAUUACGGGGAAGACCUCACAAAAAACCAUGAUGAGCUAUGAUAUUCUUUGAAGGCAAAUGCAUCAGAGACUUGAGUCUGGUUUUUCUGUAUAUGACCAAAAUAACAGUGUUAUUUUGGCAGGCUGGUUUUGCACCAUUAUCUUUUGUUUUGUUUUGUUUUUAAAGAAACCAGUUCUGUUGAAUGUAGUAGUUACCACUUUCCCCCCAAAACACUGCACAUUUUUAUGACAGCUUUCAUUAUCAAUGAUAGCUUGAUAUUCUCUCACCUCAAUCUUAAAUGUGCAACUCUUGCUGAAAUCAGUGGAACCUGACUAAACAGUAAAAUGGGCUUAGUCUCUCA